AAGGAGCAGACUACAUAAUAUUUCCAUUUUAGUUUUUUCCAGACACUAUCAAAAAUUAUAACUUAAUAUUACAUUGAAUUCUUUUAUAUCUUUUUUCAAUCUAUGAAAUUGUUAUUAUUUCAUCGGCUGUAGUUUUUUGAAACGUAAUUUUUUUCUAUACUUGCCCUCGACUGUAAAAGCAAUACUGUAAUCGUGAUGGCAGUGACUCAUGGAAGAAGAUGCAAGAACAAGAACCAACAAAAAUAAUAGCGUUUCUUUCAGGAAGAUGAAUUUGCAAUUGAGAGAAUAUUAAUUACGCAUUUAUUUACUACAUGUGAAUUUUUGUUUGAAACCUUCUCCAUAUUACUAACAGAGAUUAUUUCGUCUUUGGGAAAAACGUGCCCAAAAUUGAACCGUGAAAGCAGGAAGUUGAUUCUGUAACCUUAUUGUACAUGGCCAAAACACACUAUGUCUGAACAGACAUUGAACUUACCAGCUAGCCUUGAAAGGCUGGAGAUAGGACCAAAAAGAACGGACCCGAAAUGUAAACGAAACAGCGCCGACUUGAAGCGUCGCCCGGAAGACGACCUCGACCCCGAGUCAGUGUUGGAGUCACUGUCUCUGUCGGGCGCAGAGUGCACCUCGGAGACAUGUCACUGCAACAAGCGCCGUCACCCGGAGGACAACGUGUUGCGCAAGACAUUCAAGCGGCCUGUGCUGCAGAGGAGUCGGCUGGGCAACUCGAGGAAGGUGUUGCGGGACCCAGUGCUGAGGCUGGUGGACGGCACCGCGAGCGGCAAACUGGCUGCUGCUUCGUCGUCGGCUGCGGGACCCAAGAUAGGGAUGGCUAGUGCUGGUGAGCGGCUGCUGCCCAAACGCGGCAUCGACCUGGGCAAAACAGGUGGCAAGGUUCUGGGCUCCGCGACUCCUAGCGAGCAUCAGACUGAUUUCCGGUGUUUGGUGAGUGGUAGCAGUUCACCUCUGUUCGACGACAGCGAUGAGUUCAGUCGUCCCUCCUACCUCCGAGUGCAACCUCCCAGGCUGCCUCCCACUGCCGCCGCCUCCUCCUCCUCCUCAUCUUCCUCUGCCUCCGCUCCCGCCCCCCAGACGCCAUCUUGCUCUGUCCAAGCGCGCCAAUCGAUGAACUGUGAUGAUACCAAUAUCGACGAGCUGGCCAGCUAUUUCGACCUGUUUGUACAUAUCCCCAAGAAAAUGUCGCACAUGGCUGAGAUGAUGUAUAUUUAACACCUUCCCAAAAAUGGCAUAAUUUAUUAUCCUAUCCACUGUUUAUUCUCUAAAUUAAUCUUCUAUUUUUAUAUACAUGGUAUAUAGUUUGAAACGUUCAUUUUCUAAAUCAAUCUUUCAUUUUUUAUACGCAUGGUAUAUAGUUUGAAAGGUUUACUUUCUAAAUUUAUAUUUAAUAUUGUUUGUAUUUGAAUGUCAUUGAAGUGAUUACUAUUUAUGUACGUUUACUAAUCGUACUCAAGAUGUAACUAACAUUUUUGUGGCAAUAGUGGAUAUUGCUGUAGUUCACAUUAAUUAAUGAUGAUAUAUUGCUCUAUGAGAAACUCUUGAAAUUUUGGAAUAAGGACCACGAUCUCUAUUAUUUCUAUACAGAGUAUGCACUCUUAAAAUUUUUAUUUUCUAAAUCAAUAUUUAGUUUUGUAUUAAUGAAUGAUUUUAUAACCAACUACAGAUUGCUGUUAUUAGGUAGCCUAUAUUUACUAAUUUCACUCAGAUUGUAACGAACAUUUCUGUAGUAUAGCUAUUAUUGAAUAUAACUACUGUAUUACUCUUUAAAAUACUUGAAAUUUAUUUGGUAUUUUUUAAUACGGACCAAUUAAUACAUGUAAUUUAAAUUACAGAUGUCUAAGAAAAUAAACUUUCAAUUCUGUCAACUAUUAUGUGAACUAGCUUUGUGUGGACUAAUAUAAUAUGUAUUAAGAAAUAGAAAUAAAAAUUAAAAAUCCAAGUACCUUUAUUUUAAAUUUUCUCUACUCAACAUGUUUCAACAGUAAUGUAAUUAUCAAGUGAGUCUGUUACUGUUGAAACAUUUUGUGAGUGAAAAAUUUAAAAAAGGAUACUUAGAUUUUUUAUUUCUAUUUCUUGAUAAUUCAUUAAUAGUAGCCCUAACAAAUAAAAGGUAUAUUAUAGAUACCCAAUUUCUUGCAAAAUGUUGCCCUUGUUGGCCUAAUAACAGUGAAAAAUAAUUUUCAUUUCAACAUUAUAGUUUUAUGAUAAGUGAAUCAUUAUUAUCGGCUUGCUAAAAUUGAUUGAAGUCUAUUAGAAUUUCAAAACGUUUUGUUUAGAUUAGUCUACUCGGUAUUUUCUUUAUAUUUUCACCUGAACGUUUUCUACUCAAGUGUGCUUGUUUUCAAAAUUUGGUGUAAAUAAUUGAGGCUGUGUUCAAUUUUCCAGCAGAUGGGUGAAAUUUAAUAUUCCAAAAGUUUACAAUAUAUCUAAUAUUGUUUCGGCAAGAAUUUUUUUUCAUUAUCUGUGGGAGUGUUGAAUAAUAAUUGUUUUAUUAUUUCAAAAUUACCCUUACCUGAUUGUAAUUUUCCGUAGAGAAUGGUAGACUUUGUUUAAUUUGGAAAUGUGAUGCUAAACAAAACUAAAUUUCCGACGUAGAAAUCCAUACACAUUUCAUCCACUAUUUCGUUUAAGGAUUACUCUAUUCACAAUAAAUUGGUUACUAUAUUAUGAAAGUAUUAUCUACUGUAGUAAUAGAUUGAAUUAUAGUCAUAUAUGUUAUGCAAGUUAAAUUUAUUGGAAAAAGGUUAGUUGAAUAAAAAAUCGCAAAGGUGGCUCAGCACCUCAUCUCAGAAAUAGCUAAUACGAUAACAAGAGUGGGUGUGAAAUUUGCAUAGCAAUUAAGUAGCAUUUAUUUUGAACAGAUUGUAAAAAUAUAAAAUGUAAAAGAUUGUCUCCCUAACUGAUCUGUGCAAAAAUCUUUUUAGAAGUGUCACUGGAGUAGUAUUUCCAUGUAAUAUUAUUCUAUUUUUUAGAGAAUAUUCAGGUUGAUAUUUGAAUGAUGAUUCUAUACUUUGUCUUUUUUUUUUGUUUGUAAAACGUAUUAUACAAUCAUUAGAGAAUAUUUUUAAUUAUAUUAAACUUUCACCAAUAGGUAAUUCACAUCUCAACUUUUCACAAUAAUUCAGCCCUGAUGAAAAAUGUUGCAUCAUGAACUCCAUCUCACUUACAUACUUUGCAAAAGGCAGCCAUCCUUAAGUUACAUAACAUGAAACUGAUUGAAUUAUGAUUAAAUUAAUACAAUUAUCUACCAUAAAUUGAUGAAUAUUGUGUUGAAAUUUUUCUAAGUUAGUCUUAAUUUGUCAUUAUCAAACUAAUAUUAAGAUUGUUAUUCUCCAAAAACGUAAGUUAUUCGGUUUUUCAUAAAUAUUUGUAUCAUGUUUCGGAUAUUACAAUUCAUAAAUUGAUGUCAUGUGGUAGACACUUUGGUAAUUGUGUUUUCAAUACAAAAUAUCCUAUGUAUUUAUUUGUCUACGGAAAAUUGUGUGUAAAAUAUGUAAUUAACAAAUUUGGAUCGUUAAAAGUUGUUAUCUUCAA